CCAGAUCAAAUUCAAACUCCGCCGUAAAUAUACACAGUACUGCACGAGGGUACACGGUGCGUUUGGUACGGGGCACAGGUUUGAAGUAUAAGUAUUUUGCUCGCUACAUCGCCACUCUGCAGUAACUAGCACCAACAAAAUUACCUUGCAGAUCCCACCUCGCAGACCGUGUGCCGACUGACUUCAUCACUCAAUACCAGUACAAGGACGUUGUGGGUGUGAUUAGCGUGAUUACUAGUAACAAAUAACAAACCUUAUGGUCUCCGCUGCUGCCUUCAGAGCCCGGAGGUACUUUGGAACAUUACCUGAAUAGGCUCCGGCGCGUAUACGAUAGUGGCUUUCUAGUCUAACUCCGUGGAGGGACCCCCUACCCAAUUCCGACGAAUUCGGUGGCGGCUUCGAACAACCGUUGAACCAUCGCCGACAGUCGACCUCCUGUGUCUUCAAGGUCUAACUUCGACUCCAGUACUGCUAUCAAUGAUGCCUAGGACCGGCAACCAUCACUGUUGCCAUGUGAAGGGUGGCGGCGAGUGUGAAAAGUUGUAUAAAAGGUGCACAUUCGUUUCCGCUCAAUCGUUUGCUGUCCCAGGAGCAUGGAAUGUUACCCGAUCUUCAGCAUCUAAAGCUGAACGUGCCGCCAUCGCCCAAGCUGUUAUCGAUACCCUUAUACCCCAAUAUAAUAGCAACAGUGGCCUAGUGGAUUCAUUAGUCUUCUAUCAAAAUGCGGAACUGAUAUCUGCGAUAUCGUUCCAUGAUAUAAUUACCGGUAACAAGACUUACAGCGAUGUCGUGGCCCGGAAUAUCGAGACAGUGAUGCAACGUCAGCCUGGAUUCGUCUCUCUAAGUGUAAGUUGUCACGCCACUGAUUUCGGGGGACGGACAUUCAACAACGACCCGGCAACAUGGGGUGUCGCUGCUUUCCAUGCGUACCGUGCAUAUGGAAAUAACAACUUUUUGGAUGCCGCAACUUCGGUAUGGAACGAAGUGAACGCAUUUGUCGUCUCUCGGGACAAUGCCGCAAGUGGUUCCCACCCCAUGAAGAAUGUUACAUUCAAACCAUUUUGUAAUUCCCAUUCAGUCGCUGGCGGCGUUUUCGACAGCUCUAGCGAUCCUAACAAUAUGGACAUCAGCGCGGACACUAUCGGUUUGUCAGCAUACCUAUUCGAGGAGACGAAGAAUUCAACCGGAAUCCUCCACCAUUCACUGGAUCUAACGGCCUGCGGUAGCGAUAUGCAACAACUUUCUUAUCAGUCAGGACUCUAUAUGCAGAGCCUUAUCGUGUAUGCAAACACGACCAAUGACGCAAACCUGACAUCCGUUGUCAACACCUUAGCAUUCGACGCAGCAAGCGCAUCGUGGACAACAUCCCAAGGAGUUAUACUAGAAGGUUCUCCUGAUACGAAAAGUGGUUGGUCCGACUUCAAAGGGAUAUUUAUUCGAGCUCUCCAUGAGGUGUGGUCGCGAGGAUCGAAAGACACUGACGCAGCCAAAUUUAUCCAAAGCUACGUGACAGUUCAAUACAACGCUUUGCUGAACUACGCCCGUGCUGGCAACCAGUACUCUCCCAACUGGCUAGGCCCUCCAACACCUAAUCUCGUUCCGUGGGGUCAAUUGGCGGCGCUGGACGUUUUGAAUGCUGCUAUCGAUAUGGACAUCAGUCCAUCGGAAACCACUGCAUCAUCUGAUACACCAUCUACAAAUGAUGAUGGAAAUAGCGAUACCACCGGAGACCAUUCAUCAUCCAUCAAAACUAUCAUUGGUGCGACAGUGGGCGGUGUCGCCUUCCUUGUCAUCUUGAUAUCUAUUGUUGCACUUAUUCUCCGGCGGAGACGACGCCGCUGGCGCUCGAAUCAGCAACCAAUUGACUUGGACUCUCGCGACAACGUUCCAAGCUCCGAAUUCAAUAUGACCAUUAGCCCAUUCGCCGAGUCAAGCACACCUUCCAUCACACAAUAUACCGAUACCCCGCCAGCGACUUUGUAUCGUUCCGAUCGAGGCAAGGUGCAUGCAUCUGUAACUUAUGCUGAGGCGCAGCCACCGAAUGUGUCUGAGAAUACGGCUCGGGAGGCUCUUCCGAUACUGGUAGAACGGCUCAAUGAGGUGAUCGCCAGUUUCCCACCUCGAUCGACGGCGCAGCAGGAGAGAUUGUCUUCAGAGGGACCGCCACGUUACGAUACUCUUAUUUAGGCCCUAUAUUUCUUACACCUUCAGAUCAUUUAUCUAGUCAUAGUUUACCGUACGGACUGGAGUGAACGCCACAUCUGUCUAACACACAGAAGGUCCUCAGUUCGAACCUGGGCCGACUCAUACACCUGCAAUCGAACUACAUUUCUUGCCUCAGUCCCAGUGGACUUUGCAUGCAUUUUGCUACAUUCCAUAAGUCAUAAAUCGAUUCAACGCAUCGUGCGCCCGUAUACUGAGCACAAGAAGCAGUCAGGAAAGAGAUCGUAUUAGUACAAUACAGACACAUUAGAGAG